UUUGAAAGGGGACUGCCAUCAGCACCUUCUCUUAUCUUUGUUUUAUAGCUGUUAGGAAUUAUCUUUUUUUUAAAAAAAAUGGAAAUGAGUUAUAAAUUAUAUCUUAAGGAUUUUAGUGUAGUUUCUUUUGAAGUGGUUUGCUUCAGGUUCCAAUGACCUGGCAAUACGGAGAGAAGAGUAACUGACCCUUUCGUAAGAGAUGUUAUUUGAGGAGGGGUUACACAUGCACAGUCAACCUAGGAAUGCGUAAGUCAGGUUUUCUCUGAACCUGACUUACUUUUUGAACAGGAGGAGAGAUGAUUUUUUAGGCAUAAUACUGUCUCUAAAGGCAUUUAAAUCUAGAAACAAAGGCUACAUGUCUGUAUUCAAAAUGGAUGGAGUCCUGAACCUGAUGUUUUCAAGAGUGCCUUAUUAUCAGGUUGCUCUGACUCUGUGCUCCAGAGGUGGUGGCUUUGAGGUGUGACCCUGCCCACGUCUGGGCUCCAACAGCGCCAGCUCCUCCGUAAAGAGGGCCAGCUUGAUAAGACGAAGAAAACAGUGUCAACAAGUGAUACAAGAGAAGAAAAAAAAGAAGCAAACGCAGACUCCCUUCCUACUCGUCGUGGAUGAUAGCUAUAGCAGGGGAAAGGCUCAUAGUGUAUCAGUUGGGGCAGAGAAUGGAGUUCUAUGGCAGAGGCUUCUUAGAAGCUUAAACCCUUGACCCAAUGACGUCAAGUUCGCCCGUUGGCUUGGAAGGUUCAGACUUGUCUUCCGUCAACACCAUGAUGUCAGCGGUAAUGAGUGUAGGGAAGGUCGCCGAGAAUGGCGGGAGCCCCCAGAGCACCAAGUCCCCCACGAAGCCUCCAGGACCAAAUCGGAUUGGCAGAAGGAACCAGGAAACGAAAGAGGAGAAGUCUUCCUAUAACUGUCCCCUGUGUGAAAAGAUUUGCACUACACAGCAUCAGCUAACUAUGCACAUCCGUCAGCAUAACACAGACACUGGAGGGGCCGACCAUUCGUGCAGCAUCUGCGGGAAGUCGCUGAGCUCGGCCAGCUCCCUGGACCGCCACAUGCUGGUGCACUCUGGCGAGAGGCCGUACAAGUGCACCGUGUGUGGCCAGUCCUUUACCACCAAUGGGAACAUGCACAGACAUAUGAAGAUUCACGAGAAGGACCCUAACAGUGCCACAGCUACGGCCCCCCCAUCCCCGCUGAAGCGCAGGCGGCUGUCCUCCAAGAGGAAACUCAGUCAUGAUGCCGAGUCAGAGAAAGAAGACCCAGCACCUGCUAAAAAGAUGGUGGAAGAUGGGCAGUCGGGUGAGCUGGAGAAGGUCGAUGAAGUGUUUCACUGCCCCAUAUGUUUCAAGGAGUUUGUUUGCAAAUAUGGACUGGAGACCCACAUGGAGACCCACUCAGAUAACCCACUAAGGACAGUUAAGGUGCAGGUCGUCUCUGAGGUGGAGAGCGCUGAUCUUCAGAUGGACUGCAUCUGUGGGAGUCUUUCGAGGAAAAGGCAACAGCAUCAUAACAGAUGUGACAUUUGCUGCGUUACCUUUCGAACACAUCGAGGAUUGCUGCGUCACAAUGCGCUCGUCCACAAACAACUUCCCAGGGACGCAAUGGGAAGGCCUUUCAUACAGAACAACCCUUCCAUUCCUGCUGGCUUCCAUGACUUAGGAUUCACUGACUUCUCCUGUAGGAAGUUUCCUCGAAUUUCUCAGGCCUGGUGUGAGACAAACCUACGGAGGUGCAUCAGCGAGCAGCACCGGUUCGUCUGCGACACGUGUGACAAGGCGUUCCCCAUGCUCUCCUCGCUCGCCCUGCACAGACAGACCCACGUGGCCACGGACCAGGGACGGGAAAGGCUGCCGGCCAAGACCCUGCCGGGGGACGCCCUGGACCAGAAGGCCUUCCUGGCCUUGCUGGGCCUGCAGCACACCAAAGACGUCAGGCCUGCCCCCGCCGAGGAGCCCUUGCCAGAUGACAACCAAGCAAUACAGCUCCAGACACUCAAGUGUCAGCUACCUCAGGACCCCGGCUGCACCAACAUUCUGAGUCUGUCUCCUUUUGAAGCUGCUUCCCUGGGCGGCUCUCUCACGGUCCUCCCGGCCACCAAGGAGAGCAUGAAGCACCUGUCCUUGCAGCCCUUCCAGAAGGGCUUCAUCAUCCAGCCCGACAGUAGUAUUGUGGUCAAGCCCAUCUCUGGCGAGUCCGCCAUCGAGCUGGCUGACAUCCAGCAGAUUCUGAAGAUGGCGGCCUCUGCGCCCCCUCAGAUCAGUCUUCCACCUCUCUCCAAGGCCCCCGCUGCCCCUCUGCAGGCCAUCUUCAAACACAUGCCCCCUCUGAAGCCAAAGCCCCUGGUCACCCCGCGCACGGUGGUGGCCACGUCCACGCCCCCGCCGCUCCUCAACGCCCAGCAGGCCUCCCCCGGCUGCAUCAGCCCCAGCCUCCCCCCGCCGCCCCUGAAGCUCCUCAAAGGCCCCAUGGAGGCGGCCUCCAGCGCCCACCUGCUGCAGUCCCAGGCCGGGGCCCAGCCGGACACGGCCACACAGCUUUUCCUGCAGCAGCCGCGGCUGGAACUGCCGGGCCAGGCCGAGAUGAAGACGCAGCUGGAGCAAGACAGCAUCAUCGAGGCCCUGCUGCCCCUGAGCAUGGAGGCCAAGAUCAAGCAGGAGAUCACGGAGGGGGACCUCAAGGCCAUCAUGACGGGGCCCGGCAGCAAGAAGGCGCCGGCCAUGCGCAAGGUGCUCUACCCCUGCCGCUUCUGCAACCAGGUGUUCGCCUUCUCCGGGGUGCUGCGCGCGCACGUGCGCUCCCACCUGGGCAUCUCGCCCUACCAGUGCAACAUCUGCGACUACAUCGCGGCCGACAAGGCCGCGCUCAUCCGCCACCUGCGCACACACAGCGGCGAGCGGCCCUACAUCUGCAAGAUCUGCCACUACCCCUUCACCGUCAAGGCCAACUGCGAGCGGCACCUGCGUAAGAAGCACCUCAAGGCCACGCGCAAGGACAUCGAGAAGAACAUCGAGUACGUGACCAGCAGCACCGCCGAGAUGGUGGACGCCUUCUGCUCCCCGGACACGGUGUGCCGGCUGUGCGGCGAGGACCUGAAGCACUACCGGGCCCUGCGCAUCCACAUGCGCACGCACUGCGGCCGCGGCCUGGGAGGCUGCCCCAAGGGCCGCAAGCCCUUCGAGUGCAAGGAGUGCAGCGCCGCCUUCUCGGCCAAGCGCAACUGCAUCCACCACAUCCUGAAGCAGCACCUGCACGUGCCCGAGCACGACAUUGAGAGCUACGUCCUGGCCACUGACAGCCUGAGUCCCGCCGAGGCGGCCGCCGAGGCCUCAGGGAGGGUGGAGGACGGGGGCGGGCCGUUUGGCGAUCGCAAGCCCCUGGCCACUUUCCUGGAGCCGCAGAACGGCUUUCUCCACGGGGGCCCCGCGCAGCCCCUGCCGCCCCACGUCUCGGUCAAGCUGGAGCCCGCCAGCAACUUCGCGGUGGACUUCAACGAGCCGCUGGACUUCUCCCAGAAGGGCCUGGCCCUGGUGCAAGUAAAGCAGGAGAGUGCGGCCUUCCUGAGCCCCGCCUCCGCGGCCCCCUAUGACUGCUCCAUGGAGCCCAUUGACCUGUCCAUCCCCAAGAACUUGAGGAAAGGAGACAAGGACGCGGGUGGUGCUGGCGAAGCCAAGAAGCCUGAGCAGGAACCGGGGAGUGGCGAGCAGCCGUCCCCCUGCCCUCCGCCGUGCCCUCCGCUGCCAGUGCCCUUGGGGCCCGGCGGGGGCCCGGAGAAGCCCGUGGCCUCUGCAGCCAGCACUCUGGAAGCCCACGCGCAGCCCCUGCGGGGCUCUGUUCAGCUGGCCGUCCCCAUCUACUCCUCCGCGCUGGUCAACAGCUCCCCCAUCUUGGGUGGCUCCACCCUCAUCAGCAGCCCGGCGUUGCUGCGGCCGCUGCGCCCCAAGCCCCCCCUGCUCUUGCCAAAGCCCCCCGUGACGGAAGAGCUGCCCCCGCUGGCCUCCAUCGCCCAGAUCAUCUCGUCCGUGUCCUCGGCGCCCACCUUGCUGAAGGCUAAGGUGGCCGACCCGGGGCCCACGAGCGCCGGCAGUCCCAGCACGGCCCCAGACAGCUUAGGAAGCACCGUUCCCAGAGCUGCCACCGCCCCCGCCAACACCGCCGGCCCCAAAGAAUCCAGCGACCCGUCCCCUCCUGCCAACAGCCCAGAGGCGGCCUCACCCACCGAGCAGGGGCCCGCGGGCUCAUCCAAGAAGAGGGGCCGGAGGAAGGGCAUGAGGAGCCGGCCCCGCUCCAGCAGCGGCGGGGUGGACCUGGACUCCAGCGGGGAGUUCGCCAGCAUCGAGAAGAUGCUGGCCACUACGGACACCAACAAGUUCAGUCCGUUUCUACAGACCACGGAGGACGAUGCUCAGGACGAGGUGGCCGGAGCCCCCGCAGACCACAACGGGCCCAGCGACGAGGAGCAGGGCAGCCCUCCGGAAGACAAACUGCUGAGGGUGAAGCGGAACUCCUACGCCAACUGCCUGCAGAAGAUCAACUGUCCCCACUGCCCCCGGGUCUUCCCCUGGGCUAGCUCCCUCCAGAGGCACAUGCUCACACACACUGGUCAGAAACCCUUCCCUUGUCAAAAAUGCGAUGCCUUCUUUUCUACCAAAUCUAACUGUGAACGCCACCAGUUGCGCAAACACGGAGUUACCAACUGCUCCCUGAGAAGAAACGGGCUUAUCCCCCAGUCAAAAGAGAGUGAUGUUGGACCCCAUGAUAGCACAGACAGCCAGUCGGACGCCGAGACCCCGGCGGCGGCGGGGGGCGAAGUGCUGGACCUCACCUCCCGGGAGAGAGAGCAGCCGGCGGCCGACGGGGCCCCCCCUGCGCCCACCCAGGCCCGCGAGGAGCUCCCCGCCGAGGAGGUGCAGCCCGGGGACGGGCAGGAGCAGGCAGCCGGUGACGGGCAGGAGUGCGAGGAGCAGCCCGCUGGGGACAGGGACGAGGACGCCGACGGCCCCGAGGACGACACGGUCAGCAACAAGAGCCUGGACCUCAACCUCGCCAGCAGGCUGAUGGGCUUCAAGCUGGCCGAGGGCGACGCGGGCGCGGCGGGCGGCGGGGGUCCCGGCCCGCAGGACCACAAGCACGCGUGCCACGUCUGCGGCAAGAGCUUCAAGUUCCAGGGGACCCUGAGCCGCCACCGUAAGGCCCAUGGCCGCGAGGAGCCCCGGGAGGACGGCCCGGCCGCCAGCGGAGGGGGGCCCGAGGGCCCGCCGUCCCCCGGCCUGGAGCCCGACGAGAAGCCUCCCGCCGACGCCUCCUCCGAGGAGCCUGCUGCGGCCGACGGGGUGGCCUCGUCGGCAUCCGACGCCUCCGGGGAGAAGCCGAGCGAGGAGGCGGACGGCGCCUCGGACGGGGAGAGUGUGGCCGAGAAGAGGUCCUCGGAGCGGAGUGACGACGACAAGAAGCCAAAGACAGACUCCCCGAGGAGCACGGCCAGCAAGGCAGACAAGAGGAAGAAGGUGUGCAGUGUGUGCAACAAGAGGUUCUGGUCCUUGCAGGACCUGACGCGGCACAUGAGGUCCCACACAGGAGAAAGGCCCUACAAGUGUCAGACCUGCGAGCGAACCUUCACCCUGAAGCACAGCCUGGUUCGCCAUCAGCGGGUCCACCAGAAAGCCAGGCACGCCAAGCAGCAUGGGAAGGACAGCGACAAGGAUGAGCGGGGCGAGGAGGACAGUGGGAGUGAGUCCACCCACAGCGGCAACAACCCCGUCUCCGAGAACGAGGCCGACGCGGCCCCCCCGGCCAGCAACCACGUGGCCGUCACCCGGAGCCGGAAGGAGAGCCUGGCCGUCGCCACCAAGGAUCCCAGCCGCAGGGAGGAGCGGGCGGCGCUUCGGACGGCGGGCGCUGGCCAGGCUGAAGCUGGCAGGAGCGCUGCCAAGGCCCCGCUGGCGGGCAGCCCCAAGGAGCAGGGGUCUCAGGGCGACCCGGGCCCGGAGAGCCCGCCGGCCCUCGUGCAAGAUCUGCCCGCCCGUGCCCUGCUGGCCGCGGACGGGGCCUCGCCGCUCCUGGGAGUGGAGUGAUAGUUCACCCUGGCCCCCGGCGGCACACAGAUGAAAGCCAGCGGAGCAAAGUGUCCUGAAUCUAGAUUUCAUGAGGUUUCCUCAGUGCCCUUCAACUAUCGGGGAGUGUGUGUGUGAGUGAGUGAGUGAGCGAGCGAGUGAGCGAGAGCAGGAGCGGGCCGCCCUGCCCGGUGCCACAGCCUUACACCCCCGUCCAAGAGACGCAGCAGGUGCACACUUCGAGUGCCUUAAGUACUCACCAGCCCUUCGGUGUAGCCUGGGUGUUGUGUUUCCCCAAAAUGACUGUUUGGAAAAAAAAAAAAAACAAAAACAAACAAAAAAAAACAAAGCAGAUGUUUUAAUGAAUUAUUUGGAGAGGACCUUUUCAUUUAAGCAUUAACGUUAUCUUCUGUAUUGGUGUGUCUGAGCUUGUCCUUGCGAAUCUGUGAUCGUCACGUAUGUUCCGUGAGCUGGAAACAGAAGAAAAGAAAUAACGCCCUUGCAUACCCAUAGCCAAUAACUGGAAGAAAAUGAUGUGAAUUUCAUGUAAAUUGCCAGAGGAAAUACAGAUAAGAUGUUCUUUUCUCAAAUAGACCUUUUUCUUUUCUGUGUUCGCUGCCUGGUGGAGCUGUAGUUUGGUCCUCGGGAUGGCGGGAUGUGGCUGACGAAGGUUUCCAGCGUGGCGCCAGCCGAGACCAGGAGAGACGCUAGCUUCAGCCCUGUACUCACGUGUUUUCAGCGUCAGACCUGACACUUACUGUUCCAGUUUCAAGACCUCCGUUCUUAACUUCCAGAGAAGAGUUAACGCUGGCGACUUUAACCUAUGGAGAACGUGCGCAGAUGUCACGUAUCUGAUCCCCCCCCUUUGGGUAUAUGUAUUAUUAAUAUUAUUAUUAUUAUUAUUAUUAGUUCAUCAGUUUGCUGGUCUCUGCAGUCAGCAGAAACAAAUGGGCAAUAUUUGUCCCGGGAGACCUGGGCUGCCCCCGGGUCCCCGCGUGGGCCUGUGCCCGCGGCUUUCCUCGGCACCCCCGGGUGGCAGCUCUUCUACUGUACUUAGACAAGCCUUUCUUCCGUGACUGCAGAAUCCAGCGGGGGGGCCGGGAGCGGUCCUCCCUGGCGGGCGGCCGAGAGCAGCCCCGAGAGGGCAGAGAGCAGCCUGGCGGCCCGGAGGCCCAGCCCGAGCCUUACCCGCCUGUGCUACUGUCACGUGCAAAGCGAGGAAGUACUACUACUGGUUAUAAAACGCACACGGGAGAUGAAAGAUGAGACGCAGAUUUGUAUUUACCUUCCUGUGAUGUGGGGUUGGUGCUUGACGAUAAACAUGCUGUUUCUAACGUUCCUGAAAUUGCCUGAACCCCACCACCACCACCCCGGGUGCAAAAAAAAAAUAAAAAAAAAAAAAGGCAGGAUUUCUACCCCCCCCCCCCCCCCCCCCCAAGCAUCCCACGCAGGCAGUUAGAGUCCCCUCCCUGCAGCCACCGGCAGCGGCGAGAAAGCUAGCCCUGCUGUAGCUGAGCGUGCGCUCGGCACCCUGUCCUGCAGCCGGCACCUCUAGGGUGCCCGAGCGCCCCGCGUGCCCCCCCCCACUUCACCCCCACGAGCACGGACACACACGCCCCCUUCUCUCUCCCCAACAGACAGUGGCCAAAAUCCCAGCAGCCCAAACUUCAAAGGAAGAUCUGUAUUCUUGGGAUAAUGACAAGCGAUCUCUUUGCAUGUGAAAGGAAAAAGGUCGAGGCAUCUAUGACUUUUCAGCUUUCCUGGGGAGCUGAACCCAGAACCGGGUCGACUCCAGAUGAAUACAAAACCAGAACCAAUGAUCUCUUGUUAUCACUUUAUACCCGGUGUGGUUUGCGGAGUUAAAAACCAGUUCAUGCAUCCCUUCGUUUUUUGUUUUUUUUUUUUUUUAAAUGACGAUUGUUAUUAUUUUUUUUUUGUCGUUGUUAUUAUUUGGGGUAUCUUGUGUUUCGUUUUCCUUUGCAACUCUCCACACUAAAACCCGCGACUCUGUGGAGAGAAGCCAUGACUUAGCGCUACGCUGCGGUGAGAUGUAGCAGGAAUGGGCCUGGCCGCGCGGCCUGGGCCGCAGCUCGCAAUAAUCACUAUUGAUUUAAAGCUUUAUUUAGCCUCCAUCUGUACCCUCGUAGUCGGUAAGGUCUUGCCACAUUUUAUUAGUGAGGUUGAGAAAUGUAUUGUCUGUCAUUCUGUCCCCCUCCCCCCAAUAUUAAACUGUGAAAUUUGUGAUUUGUUUAAACUCUGGGUGAAUCAUAGUAUAGUUUGCAUGUCCAGCUAAUUUGUUUCUAUACAUUUUGUUUGAUUCUCUUUCUCCUCCUCUCAGGGCUUUUACAAAAAAAAAAUAGUAUAUAUAUACAUAUAUAUAUAUAUAUAUGCGUCCAUAUAUAUAUAUAUAUAUAUGGAUCUUCUGAAAAGUUUUUUGAGGUGCAAGUUUUUCUCUUGUUUUUCUCUUUGAUUUAUGGACACAAUGCUGAGAUUCAAUCACUACAUGAAACUCCUGGCUGUGAAAACAAAAUAUGAAACCCAGAGCUGUUUCCCAAACAGCCCCGGGGGGAAGCUACGUGACAGUCGGCUGCCAGUUUCAGAAAGAUGCAUCGUACCUUCCACCCUCUUCGUCUCUGUCCUCUCUUCAAGAAGGAAGUUGAUCCCAGUGAUUUCAGCCCAUGCAUUAAACAGGAAACAAUAAUAAAUGUGUAGAAUUCAUAUUUUUCUAAAGGGAACUUAACUGCUGCUACGUGUUAUGUACAAAACCGGUUUAUGCCACAUGAACAGAAUCACAAGUUUGGUUUUGGUACUUUUUGUUUCUCUUUGUAUUCAGUUGUAUAGUACUUCCAAAUUCAGAAUGAGAAGAAAAGCUGUUCUGUAUCAAACCAUCUAAGCAAUAAAUGUUAUAUUUUAAAAAUGACA